UACUGAUGACUCCAACAACUCGCAAAUGCUGCAAACACAGUUCAGUUAUUCUGCAACUCAUCUUUUUCUCUUUGCCCAUCAAACAAAAGUUAUUCCGGCAAAAAAAGAAAACAAAAUUCAGACCUAUCUCUCCUCUUCGCGAUCCCGAACCCAGCCACUACCACCGCUUCGUCCCGUUUGUUUAUCUCCUUCAAAGAUCAAAGUGUUGGGUUUUGAUUCUGCUGUCAACAAGCCGCUGUGAGAGCUAUGUCCACAAACGAAGGCUUUCAAGGUGUUUCAAAUUGCUAUGUAUUCAAGAGCCAGUUACAAGAAUAUGCACAAAAAGUGGGAAUGCCUACACCAGUAUAUGAGACUACAAAAGAGGGUCCUUCCCAUGCGCCUUCUUUCAAGUCUACAGUAAUAGUAAAUGAAGUCAGAUACGAUUCUUUGCCUGGAUUUUCCAAUCGUAAGAUAGCAGAGCAGUCAGCUGCUGAAGUGGCUCUUGUGGAGUUAGCUAAAUCUGCUGAUGUUGAUCGAUCAAUCUCUCAGCCUAUUCAUGAAACUGGCUUGUGCAAAAAUCUGCUUCAAGAGUAUGCACAAAAGAUGAAUUACGCUAUUCCUCUAUAUGAGUGCCAAAAGGAAGAAACCGCUGAUAAAACACCACUAUUUUCAUGUACGGUAGAGAUUGGGGGAAUUCGUUAUGUUGGAGCUGUGGCAAAAACGAAAAAAGAAGCUGAGAUAAAGGUAGCUAGAACUGCUCUUUUAGCUAUCCGGUCAAGCAAUUCUGAGUCAUCUAAGGAAUCAGUUGGGAACACUCAGUUAACUGUGGUUCCAUGUAAAAAAAGGCAGGCAGCACCAAUUACUAAUUCCGAAGAGACUGCUGAUGUUCCUAAACCAAAGAAACCUCGACCUCAGAAGAGGAAGUUUAAGAAGAAACCCACAGGAGACAAGGCUGGCCAGACUCAAGUACAAAAUGAAGGCAACUCUGAAGUAAACAUGGGUGGUAGCGAAAUAUCAGGAAGUGGAGCCAACGCACAUGUUCAACCAAUGGCUGCAGAAGCAGCACCAAACACUCAUGAAUGGGUGUCUCAUUCUCACUCUGAAUGGGAACCUGGUUUGAUUCCCUGCGAUAAUGAUGUUAGUGCUACACAUGGGCAGUCAACAGCUUCGUAUUUCAAUCACAGUGACAGUCAAACUCAUGAUCUGGUAGCAGUUCCACCGUCAUAUCAUGAUGCGGGAGCAGUUCUUUUACCAUAUCAUGAUUCUGGAGAAGUUCCAUUGUCAUAUGGAAAUACAACGCCCUGGGCCACAGAAGCGAAUAUGGCGCCUGGAGCAGGAGCAGGGCAGGCGGUUUCACAUGCAAGCAACUCCGGGGUGCCUUAUUUCGAGGCUUCAACUGUCACGGUUGGUAUGAACCAAUCAGAAGAUGAAUCCAAGCAAGGUGACAGCCAAACUCAUGAUGCGGUAGCAGCUCCGCCGUCAUAUCAUGAUGUGGCAGCUGUUCUAUUGCCAUAUCAUGAUGCUGGAGCAGUUCUAUUGCCAUAUCAUGAUGCUGGAGCAGUUCCAUUUGGAAAUACGACGCCCUGGGCUUCAGAAGCGAAUAUGGUGCCUGAAGCAGGAGCAGGAGCAGGGUGCGCGGUUUCACAUGUAAGCAACUCCGGGGUGCCCUAUUUCGAGACUUCAACUGUCACGGGUGGUGUGAACCAAUCAGAAAAUGAAGCCAAGCAGGUGCAACAUAUGUGCUAAGAGCAUUCCCUUCUAAUCAAAGAAAAGAAAUAUAUAUGCUAGGAGAGGACUUGUUACUAUCUGAGAGAAAUGCAGUGCAGUUGUUUGCAGCAAGGUUUUUUUUUUUAAGUUAGUAAGAAUUUGAGGCUUUAGUAGGCUUCGUUUAGAUUAUGAACUAUUUAAUUUACCGCCGCUCUGUCAGACACAAUUGAUUGGAAUAGUGAUUUAUGGACAUGAUUAAUUAUUAAUCUCUUCUUUC